AUGGGCCUGAGUUUCGAACUCCAGGGCAAGGCUGCCCGAGACAUCGUGCAAACCACCUUCAUCCUCAACGGCGAACGGCACCACUACUUCAACCAGCAAGAAAGUUUGCAACGCUUCAGCUGGCCCGGGCGCAAAGCGACUAUCCGGGGAGCGAGCCUGAGCUGGACCAGCGUGCACACCGGAGAACGUUUGUUCGGUGACUACCAGGGCACCUGGGGUUUGAUUCGCUUGCUGGAAAAGCCCGGCUUACCGCACUGGACGAUGGCGAUAGCCGCUACCGCAUGGUGCUCAAGGCGCCGGACGGCCUGGAUC